ACUUUGACGUAAAUCAAUGAAUGUGUUAAAAAUUUGUUGGAAGACUUUGUCGCUGGAAAUGCUUUACCAGUUUGACCCGUUGUGAAGUGCAACAGUUAUUCCAGUGAAAUAAAAUACACCGAAAUACAAUACAAUUACUUAUCUUAUAGAUGUGAAACUUCUCUUGCGCAUGCCCAAAGACGCCAUUUUGAUCAAAUUUGUUGGAGAUAUCCGAAAAUGGCGAAAAAGUAGUGUAACAUAUCCUUCUGUGUUUUGGGUGUGACAAUACUCUCAGUCCUGAAUGCCUGAAGGGACAGAGACAGUUCAGAAGCUGAAGUGGCUGUAUACAGUGACAACAGUGCGGUACUAUGCCAGCACCAAGGAACAAUACUGAAGGAUCUUUUUCAUAUAUAGCAAAGCAAGGCGGGAGGAAUGGAAAGGAGACAGUAAGGCGAAACAUCCAGUGAAGGAUUAAAAAGAAUAAAAAAAGUUAUUUGUGGUGAAGAGGAAUAAUGAAGAAAAGUAAUGCAAGGCCUGGUAGUUUGAAAGAUCCUGAAAUCGCAGAACUAUUCGAUAAAGAUGACCCUGAAAAAAUAUUUGAAGACCUUCGUGAAAUUGGACAUGGCAGUUUUGGUGCUGUCUACUAUGCUCGUUGCCAUCAUACGAAAGAAAUUGUUGCCAUUAAGAAAAUGUCAUAUGUUGGAAAACAAAGUGCAGAGAAAUGGCAAGAUAUCUUAAAAGAAAUCAGGUUUUUGCGCCAACUUAACCAUCCAAAUACAAUAGAAUACAAAGGAUGCUUCCUGCGGGACCAUACAGCAUGGCUGGUAAUGGAAUACUGCCUGGGGUCAGCAUCAGAUAUAAUUGAAGUUCACAAGCGACCACUUAAAGAAGAAGAAAUAUCAGCUAUCUGCGAGGGUGUGCUACGUGGCCUUCAUUACUUGCAUUCUCUGGGGCGCAUCCACCGUGAUGUCAAAGCUGGAAAUAUCCUCCUUACAGAAAAUGGAACAGUUAAGCUGGCGGAUUUUGGUUCAGCAAGCAUCAAAUGCCCUGCAAACAGCUUUGUGGGCACUCCAUAUUGGAUGGCACCAGAGGUCAUCCUUGCAAUGGAUGAAGGUCAAUAUGAUGGAAAGGUUGAUGUGUGGUCGUUAGGGAUUACUUGUAUAGAACUGGCUGAACGCAAGCCCCCAUACUUCAACAUGAAUGCAAUGAGUGCCCUCUACCAUAUUGCUCAAAAUGAUACUCCCCAGCUAAGUUCAUCAGAAUGGUCUGACGUGUUUCGUCAUUUUGUGGAUUCUUGCUUGCAGAAGAACCCAAGUGAAAGACCUAGUUCAGGCAAACUGCUCGGGCACCAGUUCGUUACAAGGCAACGAUCACCGCAUAUUCUUAUUGACCUUAUUCAACGAACAAAAGCAGCAGUCCGUGAACUAGAUCAUCUGAAUUACAGAAAAAUGAAGAAAAUCCUCAUGAUUGAUGCAUUUGAAACAGAGAGUAAUCUAGGAGAUGCUGAUGACACACCUGAUGAGCAAACUGGUGGAGAUAGUAGCAAGAGUAAUAGUAUAACCUCUGAGCAUUCAAUCCAUUCUGUGGGUGUGAGUGCAUCUUCGCAAAGCAGUUCAACAAAUAGUCUUCCCCCAGCCACAGAUGGCAAUGAUGGCAAUUAUCCUCCUUCGGUCCGUAGGCACAAGGCCAGUAAUUCUAAUGCAAUCCAGGAUCAUGGUGCUAAUAAUUUUGCAACUAUCAGAACAACAUCCAUUGUUACCAAGCAGCAGAAGGAACAUAUGCAGGAAGAGAUGCAUGAGCAGAUGUCUGGUUAUAAGCGUAUGAGAAGGGAACAUCAGGCUGCCUUACUUAAGCUGGAAGAAAGGUGUAAGCUCGAGAUGGAAGCACAUAAACAACAGUUGGACAAAGAAUAUGAGUCUCUGUUACAACAGUUUAGUAAAGAACUUGAAAAGUUACAGGUUAGACAUCAGCAAGAGCUUGAUCGAAAGGUGAAGCAGAAUCAGGCAGCAGAAAAGAAGUUACAGAAGGAUAUUAUGAGUCGACAGGAACAAGAUCGUAAGGCCUUCGAGACACAGAAGAAGAAGGAGUACAAGAUGAGUAAAGAGCGGUGGAAACGGGAACUGAGCCUAGACGAAUCGACACCAAAGCGGCAACGCGACGCCACCCUGCAGAGUCAGAAAGACAACCUCAAGCAACUGGAAGCUCAAGAGGAGCAAAGACUUCUUAGAGGCCAGAAAGAAUAUCUCGAUUUGGAGAUUCGGAAAUUCAGAAGAAAAAAAUUCCUUCUAUUCCAGAGCCUCGAAAGGGAGCUUCUUCAAGAGGAGUUAAGUAAGAGACAGCAACAACUGGAGCAAGCUCACGCAAUGCUUCUUCGGCACCACGAGAAAACGCAGGAAUUGGAGUACAGGCAGCAAAGAGCUGUGCAUCAACUUCGUGAGGAUCAGAUCAUGAGGCAGCAUGCAUCAGAACUGCAGAACCAACAGGACUAUAUGGAGCGUGCUGAACGGGAGCUACGUAAGAAGCAUGCAUUAGAGCUGAAGCAGCAGCCGAAGAGCCUCAAGCAAAAAGAAAUGCAGAUACGGAAACAGUUUAGGGAAACAUGUAAAAUACAAACUCGGCAGUACAAGGCGCUCAAAGCCCAAAUCCUGCAAACAACGCCAAAGGAUGAACAGAAGGCAGUGAUAAAGAAAUUAAAGGAAGAGCAGCGGCGAAAGCUUGCAUUGCUAGGUGACCAGUAUGAGCAAAGCAUAGCUGAAAUGCUUCAGAAGCAGUCGAUUCGGCUUGAUGAGUCUCAGGAGGUGGAAUGCCACCAUUUGAAAGAGCGUCUACACUAUGAGCUGGAAAUCCUAAUGGCCUACCAGUCAAAGAAUAAAAUGCAAGCAGAGGCACAACGAAAUAGAGAACGAAAGGAACUGGAAGAUCGUGUGUCCGUACGACGAGCUUUACUUGAGCAAAAGAUGGAUGUGGAAACUAGACAGUUUGAGCAAGAAAGAGAUGAAAGGAUUAGGUUGUUGCAUGAACGACAUGAGAGGGAACUGGAACAGUUUGAUGAGGAGUCUGCUCGACUUGGAUUCAGUGCUCUGGCAAUAGCAGAGGCUCCAAAGGAAGCCUAUCCUGAUGAAGAAAGUCUUUCAGGUAGCAUGUUGAGCCUUGCACACAGCAAUAGUUCAACAUCAUUCCCACCUGGAAGUCUCUAGCAUAUGCUUGAUCAUUUCCCUUGAUCAUUCAUAAAUCCACCUAAGCUCCUAUCUGCCACCCAUUUAAGUACCCACCUUUGCCCUGUGCCAAUUGGCUGUUAACAGCCAGCACAGGUAAAUAAUUUAAUGAGCAAAAAAUGGCAGUGGUAUGAAUUCAGAGAAAUGCAAGCUCAGGUGUUGGAUGUAGUUAAGAAUUUGACUGACAGUCUCGUAUUUCUUAUAAUAAGAAGCAUUGACGGUUUCCCCGUGCUCUGCCAGUUUUACUCUUUGGAAAUUGGUUAUGAGACUAUUUUAUUACUUGUGUUUAUUUAAUUACUGGGCAGUAGCCUUGGCUAUUGAAAGCUACUGAGCAUUUUGAUUAUACAGACUGCAUAGCUUGUAAUGUUCUCUUAUUCCAAUUGCGCAUUCAGUUUACAGCGCAUUUGUUUGAUAAAUAAUUAUACAGACGUAUUUGUACGAUACCGACAGUGUGGUUGUCCUAAGUUUCAUUGUGUCAAUUAUUAUAAAAGCAGUGUAACAUUCCAUUUGUUCCAGUAAUAGACUCACAAGUGCUUACAAAACUGAAGAAGUAUAGCGGCUUCUAUAAUUUUUUAAUUCUGUGAAUUAAACGGUACUGUUCAGAAAGAAUUUCUCUGUCACAUGCUGAUUAAGUGUAUUGACACAUUAUGGGACUUUAGAAUCAGCCUAAAAUUGUGGAAGAUACUGAACCACCAUAUCUGGUAUGCAGUAUUCUAAGUCAAAAAUAAACAGAAUUUGUGUCUUGUAUUAUUAUAUAGACUUCCUGUUUACCUUUUUCUUCUCUCCCUUUCCUUUACGUCUAAGGUAAACCAGAGGAAAUCUUUUAUUGUGCUUAAAAGAGUAUGUGCAACAUAUGCAUGUAAACAGCUUAUGAGAGAUUCUGGUAUACCAUUACUUCCAGUUAUGGUACUAUGAUUAAGUCUCCUUUUUUUGUGAAAUUAGUAUUAAUUUGUAUUGUUCAGUUGUACAAAUGGAAUCCUGAAUUGCAUGUGAAUCGAAAUUUACGCGGUUGUAUGUCAUAUUUGAAAGUAACAAAGAAGUUAACAUAAUGCAGAUGCAUUGUAUUGGGGAAAGAAGCUUCAGUCGUUCAGCAGAGAGAGGUGGCAAGGAAAAAUAUGUAACUGGAGAUUGUAAUCAUCUUUUUUAGAAAAAAAAAAUUAAUGUUAAUUUCCCCCAUAAUGUUUCCCAAAAAUGGUUUCUUAUUGGACAACAUAAUAUUGAUGUAGAUUUAGGCCCAUGUUGUAUUGAAACUUAUUUAAUUCUCCACUUUAUUUGUUCAACGUUGACUGUUUUUAAAGCUUUGCAUUAAAGUAUCUUCCUGUAAUGUAAGAAAGCUGUAGGGUUUGAUGCAUACCUGCAGAGUACUUGAAGGUGGAUUAAAUAGUUAUAUGAAGCAUAAUCAAAAAGAAAUAUCAUUGAACACCCAGUAACACUAUGAUGAAAACCUUAAACUGGUGUAGCGGUGACAGAAAAUUGUUGCUCGUAAAAGUCAACAGGAUGUUGAAACAAUAAUGACAAAUUUCUAAAAGCCUUUUUAUUGCCAGUGGGCGUGCUGAAGUUGAUGUAAAAAUAUUCAAAUGUCACUAAGUUAGUUACCAACAUUUUAUCACUUUGUAUUACCAAUGUGUGAUGAUAUCUUGUGCAAAGGUAGUAUAUUUGCAGAGCUCUUAAGUUUUAUUUAUUGUAUCAUUUUCCAUGACACAUAGCUUAUCAUAAUUUUUUCUGUCUUCUGAAAUGAAAUGUAAUCAUUGAAAUAACAUACAGUGAUUGACACAUGCUAAUAUUUGAAUGUUUUUCAUAUGUAGUCAUUCACAUAGCCACUUUGUGGCAUAAAUUCACUCAGCAAGACAUAUGCUGUCCUCAUCUGCCAUGUAAAGAUGUACAUAAGUAAAUAAAGUACAUAAUUUUUAAAUAGAUUUUGGUGCUUACUACAAUUUUUAACUAUUGUUGGUUGUCUUGGGAUCAACAAUUUUACAGAAAGCUCAAAAAUCCAGUCAUUGUAUUAAUUUUCUGAGAGAAUAAGUAAAUUCAAAUUUUGUAUGUCUAUUGUUUUAUGCAUAUAUCAAAACGUAUGUGUUUCUAUCCCUACAGCAUGAUCAUAUCCUUGAGCUUCGUAUUUGGGAGACUUUUUUAGUGGGGGUGGGGUGACAUCGUUUGUAAUCAGCUAUGAGUUGUGGCUGUAUCUUUGCCACAGUUGCAAUACCUGCCAAAAAAUAUUGUGGUUGACCUUCUAAAAGAUGUGAUCAUAAGCAUAAGGUUCAUUUCCUAGCAGCCAUGUGUUUGCUCAAAUAUAGUCUUUGAUUAUUUCAUAUAAUUCCCUUAUAAUUCUGUUCAUUUGAUUGACACUUUUAUUUGCGGACGAGCUGUGUAGUUUGUGUACAGUUUUUUUAAUGUAGCUACUUAAAAUGCAUGCCCUCUUUUUCUUACUGAUGCUAGUUAUUCAUGAGAACAUUGCACUUGUCCCAUUUGUCCAGGUGGAGCUAUAUCUCAAAUUUCACAAGAACUGGGAAGAUAGUGUGGCACUAACAAAACUGUUUGCUGGAUAGACUUUUCUGUAAAAAUAUAUACUUUCAUUUAUUGCAUACAUUUCAUAAAUUAUCAAAAUAAUGUUUCCAGUUUAUAUAAUUAAGCUUUGAAAAAGAUUAUCUGACAAUGGACAACAAGUCUUCUGUAAUUUUCUGGCUCUCUCGUAUAUUUGGAUUCUUAUAAUGAAAAAUGGCAUACUUUUCUUCACUAAAUUCUGUGUAAUAGUUAAGGGACAAUUCAGGGAACAUGAAUCACCAAAAUAUGGAAAUACAUUGUUGUACUUCAUGUACAAUUCAUUAUGAAAAAGUAACUCUAUGUUUUGAAUUGAUCAGUGUUUGGUGUGCUUGUUCAGAAUUCACAUGUUGUCAAUAGAGGAUAAUUCUUUUUCACUUCCAGAAGUGCAUUUUAAUUUUGUGGUGGUAUUCUCACAAUAUUCACCUUCUUCUCUCCACCCAAUUGCAACUGGCUGGUCUAUGUACGCAACAGACUGGAGUUUUCUAAUAGUUGUAACGUGGCUGGCAGGUAGUUUGUUUUCCAAGUAAUUUUUCUGUCGUCUUCAUUGGAGAAGUUCAAAUACCUGAAUAUUUUAUCCGUAGUAGAAAUUUACAGAAUACAUUGCUUUGGGAAGAAAGUUAAUAUUGUCAAGGGUUUAUCAUAAAGUCUUGUACAGUACUGACAUAAUAUUUUCACCAUAGUAUGCCAAAGUAAAAUAGAAAACUAGAGCAAAUUGUAAAACAAUUGCAUGCACUUAUUAAUUCAAUUAUAGGGCAUUGAAAAUAUUGCACAAGAAUAGGGCAUUCUUAAGGCCAGUACUAGAAUAUUUCAAAGAUUGAAUAGGCUAUUAUUUUCAGACCAGGUUAUUGUAAUUAAGGCUUCCUGUUAUUUUCUUAGUGUAAAAUCAUGCAGAAAUGAGAGUUGUUAAUUAGCAUUACAAGUUUAUUUAGAUGGUUCCCUAUAUUUGAGCAUUCAGACACAGUUUUGUUGUGUAACUGCUUUGAAACUGAUAGUAAGAGGUCAACACAAUAUUGUUAGGUGGAACUUGGGUAAAAACUGAAUAAUUAUUCACAACAUUGUUUAUUUUGGUGUAAACAAAAGUAUUUUGUCUGGUCAACACAUUUGGGAUUAGAUUGGGUUGUUGCUUCAAUAACACCUUUGAUGUUUUGUAAAGUUGUGGGAAUUGUCAGUUUGACAGUUCCAUAUUUUUAGUGUAUAAGUAAAACUGCCACCCUAGGUAAAUAUAUCUGCAAAAUCCUUUGUUCUAGGGUCUCUUGGUAAGAAUUGUCAUCUUUACAAUUUUUAAAAUUUGUUUAGAGAGAGAUUGGAACAGUUAGGCAAAGUUCAGAAUUCAUCUUCAAAUGUCUCCACAUUUCUGUAAAAUUGCAUGUAAGAGAUAGAGAAAAUAAUGAAAAUCAUAUGCACUUUCAAUUAUUUUUCAGUGUGUGUCAUUAGAAUAUUAGGCUGUUUGGUUUCAUUAUUGAGAAGAUCCCAUGUAAAAGUUUGUUAACAAAGGGAAACUCAAUUAAAAUGUGAUGAAAAGAGCUGAGAGCAUUUUUAAUAAGAGAUAGCAAGUACACAUUUUCUGUUUGAUACAAACUGCAGUGAAUUGUGAAAAUUAUUCAGGUUCUCCUGUGGAGGAUUUAUACCUUUCCGCAAGGGAAUGUCACAAGUUUAGUAUUUCAGGUUACCUAGCAAACAGAAAGGAAAGCCUGAAGCAUAAAUUACAUGCAGUGAAGAAGGAUGUGCUUAAAAGAUAAGAAUAACUGUGUUAUAGUGUACAUUAUUCUUGAUUUUAGUAGGGAACACAUUUUAGUUCUUUAUAUGUUUACAUGACUGUAACAGUUUUUCCAGAACCAUCUAAUUACACUGAAGUUGUUAGGAUUUGUUUGCACCAUUUACUGCUUCUGGUUCCAUUAUUAAAUCAUUAAACACUGCUUAAUAAGUUACAGAACACAUGAAUUUUAAAUACCUUACAACAGUGCAGCAGUAAGUGAGCUAAUUCUUGUUAGCUUACAGCAUAAAAUUGCUUGAACCUAUAGCUGUAGUCUUCAUUAAUUUCAGAUGUGAGCAGCAUUUGAAUUCUUCUUAUCUUUAUUCUGUACAGUGCUAUAUGAUUUGAGACUGUUUUGUGUCUUAUCUUUACUACUAGUUCCUAAUGUUUCAGCAAUUUUCCCCUCUAUUUAAAUAUAAUUUAUGUAGUUUUACUGCAACAUCCACCUGACUACUUUGUUUGCUACACUCUUGAAUAUCAGAAGCUAAUUAAUAUUGAAAUAGCGAGUACGUCACUCAUUGCAUAGAAAAGAUAAUUUCACUUCGUAGCUGUAAAAAGAAAUGCCCUAUUGCCAGAAUUGAAGAAAAUUUGAUAAAACAUUGCUGAAGUACUUUUUGUGUCAGCUCACUUACAGAUAAAAGCACUUUCUUUGCGAUUUCCCACUGAGACAGAACUAGAGACAGUGAUUUUGUGUGUGUGUGUGGGGGGGGGGGGGGGGGGGGGUCAAAGGCAUAAGUGUACAGCAGUCUUUUCAAUUUGCCUGUCUGCGGCUCGAUGUUUCGGCUACAAGAUGAAUAGCAGUCUGUCUUUUUCGUAAUCUUGUUUCUUUUUUCAAUCCUGGACUUCGCAUUAUUUGACUAAUUUAAUAGUGUUUUAGAAACAUAAUUUUCCAGUGUGUUAUCGAGUAGCUCUCGUGGCUGUCAGUUUUACUAAUUACACAGCUCUAUGUUUCACACAACAAUUAUGAAACAUAAGACUUGCAAAAUAUUUUUUUUCCAACCAACAAAUAUUCAGAAUGAAUUAUUUUCUUUUGUCUACAGUCGCAGUUUUAUUUUGUCUACUGACCUAGAGGCAAAAGUGUGACUAUAGACUGAAGUUAAUAAUUAAUUGUCUUUGUGUUGGUUGCUUUUCAGAAAGUAUGUUGGGAAUAUGCCAUAUAUUCAGCUAAAAUUCUGCUGAUGUAAAGAUGCAGUGUUUUAAGAUUGCAAACCAUAAUGCAGUAGUAAAAUUUCAUUACCAAAGAAGACAGUUUCGAUAAUUGUUACAAAAAAUCAAGUUACAUGAAUACACUUCUUGAUCCAUGAGCUAAUGUGAUAUAGUAUACUGCCUUUGAUUUAUUUGGCACUGUAUGUUGAAUUGAGAAUGAGGAAUGUUACAUAAUUAAAAAAACUUGUAAUGUGGUGUAAUCUGUGAUAAUGUCACUUAAGUUUUAUUGCCUGUGCGACACUAUCUAGAAAAAGAUCAAAUAAACAGCAAGAUAUUAAAUAUCGUAAUAUAAUUCUCUCAUCAUGAUUGUAGAUUUCCAUUCAAAAGAAAUAUUUUAGGCAGAUAUUGGUGGAAAUGAUUUAUUGCUUGUGUGCCGUAUCAUAGUGUGGUUGUGAUGUUUUAUCAUACAGUGCUUCCACAUUCGUCAACAUAUUAUGCAUGUGAAGUGUUGUAAUUACAUGUUGUGAGACAACUGUGACUCGAAGUAAUUAUGAGUUAUUUCUAUUGAACAUGUUUGUCAGUCAAAUUCAAAAAACUCAUCCUCUGAGAAUCUCCGGAACAAUGUAAAGUAUUAAGCUUUGUAAUUCGUGAGCUCUUCAUAGAACAUAUUGUUUUAUACGAACAUGUGAUGCAGUUCCUUUUUAAUAAAAAGGAAUAGAUAGGAUUUAUGAUAAAAUCAUUUACACAAUUUUCAGUAUUUUAGCUGCUGAAGUCUAAUAUUUUUUGAGACCAGGGGAACAUCAUUUUUUGGAUAUUUCCUGGUUAAGACUGUUUGUCUUCUCAUUAUUUUGAAUCACUCAAUUGGGAAGGCAGCUGUAUGGAUAGUCAUUAAAAGUAAAAGCUUGUACAGUUAUUUAAACAUUUGUGUUAGAUGUAAAUGUUUAUUUUAUUCAAAAGCAUAACAAAUCAAAAAUGUACAGUCAUCUAUGCUUCCAUUAAAGUUUUAUUGUUAUCUUAUGGUUAUGUUUAUCAACAGUUGUAAAUUUUCCCUUUAAUACUGUUGGUGUCAUUUCAGUUCUUCACUGAAAAAUCCAUUUGGUUACUUACUAAGAAUGGACUAUUGAUAUUUACAUUCAACAAACUGAGUAUGCUUUUUGAUUAAAUGAAAGUUCUUACUUAAUCUUCUUUCAUGAAAAAUAUUGCAAAUAGAUUUUGUUGUUUUCUAUAGAAUUCACCAAGAAAAGACGACAGAUAAAGUGCUUAACGAUUUCUCAUUGUUACAUGUCCAAAAAACUGCAUUAAAGUAACCAGAUUUUGUACAACAAGAGUUUGUAAUAUUUUAAAACCAAAAAAUGUUACAGAGUGUGAGUAGUGCUAAAACCUUUUUGACUGUCACACAUUGCAAUGUCUUACACAUCACUGUAAUGUGAAGAUGUCAGAAUUAGAACUCAGAUGAAAAUAAAAGUCAAAUCUUUUUUAUUGUAAACUUUAUUGUAUAAUUAAUUCGUGUAUAACUGUAUUGCUACAUAUUACACAGUGAUUAAAAAGAUAGAGCCAUGAGUGAUUAUUGUAAAGAAAGUUGUUUUUAUGAGUUUUAUGCUGUUUUAUAAGCAUCCAACAGUAUCUCACGUUUUGAGCAUGUGAUCAUUGUCUUGAAAGAUAUAUAUUAAAAUUAUAG